AUGAACACAGAACAGUACAUCGUGAUUGAUGGUUUGGAUGAGCUUCCGGACCGCGAACGUAUCGAUAUGGUGCAAUUCUUGGUCUCCAUUGUUGACAAAAGCAACGACCACACGCCCGGCAAGAUCCGACUCCUGCUUAUAAGCCAAGAUCUUGCGGACAUGAGAAAACUGAUGAAAACCUCUGCCGAGAUCUUGGAUCUUAAAACGUCAGACACGGAGGACGAUGUGAAAGUGUUCGUUGACAAACGGCUGGAGAGGCUCAAGGACAGAUUCGAUCUAUCUGAGCAGCAGACUCUACAAAUUCGACUUCUUGUUUUGAGAGGGACGAAUGGUAAGCGAAACUCUACUUUUGCAGGCGCAAACUGA